CCCUAGGAAACAGAAGUGUCUGAUACGACAAAAAGAAAAAACAAAAGAACAGUGGACCAAAAUGGAUGAACGAAUAGAUGUAUCAGUGGUUAGAAAGUCGUUUCAACAUUUUACGAUGAUUGACUAUUCAGUGUUCGUUCUAAUGUUAGGAGUGUGUACUGGGAUUGGGCUGUAUUUUGGUUGUGUAAAGAAACAGAAGUCUGUGCAGGAUUAUUUGAUGGGUGGAAGGGAUAUGGGCAUCGUUCCGGUCACGUUCUCUUUGGUUGCAAGCUUCAUUUCAGGUAUUUCGUUGCUGGGUACACCGACCGAGCUCUACUUAUACGGGACGUCGUACGUUUUCUUCCUUACCGGAGCCUGUCUGAUGUCAGUCGUCAUCUCCUUUACUUUCAUGCCAGUACUACACGAUUUGCAAAUAACAUCCGCUUAUGAGUACUUAGAACUCCGUUACGACAAGCGAGUUCGAUUAUUUGGUUCUAUCAUAUUUAGUUUCUAUUUGAUGGCAUGGUUACCCAUUGUGAUAUAUGUGCCAGCCUUAGCAUUUAAUCAAGUAACUGGUGUCAAUAUUCAUAUCGUCACUCCUAUCGUCUGCUUUGUGUGCAUAUUCUACACAUCCUUGGGAGGUUUAAAAGCCGUCGUUUGGACGGAUGUGAUACAAACUAUAAUUAUGACCGGCGCAAUGAUAUUGGUCAUCAUCAAAGGGACUAUCAUUGUUGGCGGCUUUGGCGAAGUAUGGCGACGAAAUUGGAAUACAGGAAGGAUAGAAAUGCCCUCGAUUCACUUCGAUUUGACAGAUCGACACACAAUUUGGUCAGUCUCCAUUGGAUCCAUGUUUUAUUGGACCGGCAACAUAGCGGUCAAUCAGUCUAUGAUGCAGAGAUUUCUGUCCCUGCCGGAUUUGAAAUCGUCAAAAAGGGCAGUCUGGGGUUUCCUAUUCGGGAUUGCCCUGAUAGUGCUGACCUGUGCCUUCAGCGGAAUGCUAGCUUACGCUAGAUACUACGGCUGUGAUCCUCUGGACUCCAAGCUGGCUCUGGCCAAGGAUCAGAUCUUACCGCUGUUGGUGAUGGAUGUGUUGGGAGAAUGGAAUGGCUUGCCGGGGAUCUUUGUGGCUGGAGUGUUUAGUGCUGCACUCAGUUCCCUGUCAACUGGGCUUAAUUCCAUGUCUGCGGUGGUCCUAGAGGACUUUUGGAAGCCGUUUUUCAGGCCGCUGUCACAUAAAGAAACACAAAUACUAAUGCGUGCAGCUGUUGUUAUCAUUGGAUGCGUAUGUGUAGGUCUAGUGUUUAUUGUCGAGAAGUUGGGGUCCGUUCUGCAAUUGUCAAUGAGCUUAUCAUCUGCAUCAAUGGGCCCUCUAACUGGUGUAUUCCUCAUGGGCCUAUUCUUACCGUUUAUUGAUUCUACGAGCGCCUUAAGCGGGGGUGUAAUCGGUCUGCUUACUUCUUGGUGGGUGGCGGCGCACGCGCAACUUGCGCAGGCGCACGGCUCGCUGCGCUUUGAGGAGAAACCGCGGUUUCUGCACAACUGUACUUACACGUUCCCUGAGAAAAUCGCGCAGGAGGCGACUGAGGACGAUGUCGCCUACUUGUACAGGAUAUCAUACUUUUGGUACACUGCAUUCGGUUGCAUCGUGACCAUAGUUGUGGCAUGUCUAAUCAACCUGUGGCCGCAGAAGAAAAAGGAAAAACACUUCAACGAGCUGCGGCUUUACGCACCUUUCAUAAGAAAAUGGAUAGCAAGCAAAUACCAGAUUAAACUGAACAACGGUGAUGUCGAACUACCUACACAACAGAUAACAUUCGAAAAAUAAAACUAAUAAAUAAAAAUA